CCUGGAAGUGGCGGUUUGUUUCAAUAUGGCGGCGGAUGCUGCGGGAGAAACGGGUGCUACUGGGAUUUAUUGGAUUAACGACACUUCAGAAGACGAGCAGCCUGUAGUGCGUGUUCCAGGAGUCAGUAAAAAGAUGGGACUGAAGUCUGUCUCUGUGAGCAGUAAUGAAAAGAAGGCCAAAGGGAAACCUGCCUUGGACGUUAAAGGGAGGACUGGGAAAAAAACGGGCCGAAUUACAGAUUUACCCGUGGCGAGGGCGUCUUUUCAAAAAAUCUCAGAAUUUUCGUCCAAGUCCAAAACUCCACCUCAGGAUGUCUCUCACAGAUUACACGUCAAAAGCAAGGCUUCGUUGAAGGACCUUUGUCCAGAAGACAAGCGUCGCAUCGCCAACCUGAUUGAAGAGCUGGCAAAAGUAAGUGAAGAGAAAGAGGAGUCUGUGCAGAGGCUCAAAGAUAAACAGGAGACAUUUGAGAAAAAGAUCCAACAGCUGGAAGAUCAGAAUCAACUCAUCGUACAGGAAAGAGAAAGCUUGCAGCAACAGUACAAGGAGUGCCAGGAGCUGCUGGGACUCUAUCAGAAGUACCUUUCCCAACAACAGGAGAAACUCAACCAGUCCAUCUCCCAGCUGAAUCACUCAAGCUCCCAGUGCAAGAUAACCAGCAGUGAGAGAACAUUAAACAGAGCCUGUAUUGGAAGAGGGAGAGGUGCUGCUCUCGACGGAUCUUAUUUGGACCCUAUUAAUUCGGGAAGAACAGGGUCAGCAGGUUGUGCUCACUCAAUUUUAGCUGGCGCCUGUUCUGGGCCAUCUUCCAUGCCCUCAUGCUGUAUUGUGCACGACAGAGGAAGCCAUGAAGAAGACACAGACAGUGUCCACAAGUGUACAGGGGGUGGUUGGAGCGAGCCAGUAUGUGAUCCAUACCCUAAAAGGGAUCAGGUGGCCAACGAUGCCACCAAGCCAAGAGACUCAUGGCACGGGUCGGGACUGAAAAAUGGAACCGGGUGCUGCGCAGAGCCUAGUGAGGCGGUGCUCUACAUUGGCAGGGAGGACUGGGUGGAGAAGCGCCAGCGUUUGCUGGUUCAGAAGAAGCAGUUGGAGGUGGAGAGAGAAAGGCUGCAGGCUCGACUUGCUGAGCAAGAAGAAAGGCUGUUAAAGCAGAACCAGGAGCUCAGACAGUCCCGUCUCAACCACAGCAAGUUCCAGCAAGAAUUAGAGCAGUCCUUUAAUGAAAUCCGAUUUAAUGAAGCACCUCAACCCAGCGUCACUGCAGAGCUACAUAGCGAAAGAGAAGAGGGUGGUCUUCAAGCCUUGAAGGGAAGUGUCAGACAGCCUUUAAAUGAAGUUCAUCCACAGGAACACAACCUUCAACAAGCUGAAGCCAGACUUUCGAAUGUUGCUAAGAAGGAUGUUGCCACCUCUCCUGUACAUUCCCAAAACUUCCAGAAGCCUUCUCUACACCGGGUGUUUCCCGUCAGCCAUCCCAGAACCCCCGAGUCAUCAAAGUUGGAUCCCUCUCUGAUUGAACUCUUGGAUAUUUUUAGUCCGAUUUGUAACACAGAGAGAAGCAGAGUCAGCUCGUCUACACACAGAAGUCUCACUGGCCCUCGUCAGCCUCUCAGUGCCAUUCGGACCUGGCGCAGCUCUGGGCUUUCUCCCCAAGGCCAAACACAGGCCGAGCUGCAGGAGAGUCAGAUUCUGGAGGACAUCUUCUUCAUCUGCUAAAAAAAAAUUCUUCACUCCAAGCUGUAACGAGAGCCCAAACGCCUGUUAGUGAUUUACAGGGAGCUUAAUCGCUAACCAUAAAACAACUAUUUAAUUUCUAAUUUCAUUACUGGAUUUCUAAUUAUUUGUUCAAAUGUUGGUCUGGGGCGGCACGGUGGUGUAGUGGUUAGCGCUGUCGCCUUACAGCAAGAAGGUCCGGGUUCGAGCCCCGUGGCCGGCGAGGGCCUUUCUGUGCGGAGUUUGCAUGUUCUCCCCGU